AUGUCUCACGACAAGCAAGAGAGCGAAGAAUCUGGAGACGGUGAAGAGAUUUUCGAGGUGGAGGAGUUGCUUGCUACCAGGGUCCACAAGAAAAAGCGAGUCUACUUGGUUCGUUGGAAAGGGUAUGGGGAAGAACACAAUAGCUGGGAACCUGAAGCAAAUUUGAUGGAAUCAGCGGCAGAAAUUGUGGAAGACUUCAAAGCCCAGCUGGCCGCAAAACGAUCUUCUACUACUCCAAAGCCGCUCAAAAAGCGCCCAGUGCACAUGGUUGACGGCGAUGAAGAAAAUGAAAGCUCAUCUUCAAAGAAGAGUCGCAUGAGCCGAAGCCUUUCGAAGGAUGACAGCAAAGAUGAUGAGGAUGAAGAUUAUUCUGACAGCAAGAAGUCAUCUAGCCGCAAGCGCACCGCUACCGUGCACAUGAAGAAAGCAGUACCACCACCAAAGCCACUUGGAGCAAUUGGUCAAUCUUGGCUAAUGGAAAGCAGCGACGAUGAUGAUGAGAAGAAAGAACCGAAGAAUGACCCCGAAAAUGGCGCUGUUGAGAAGGAAGGGAAAAGAUCGGAAACUCGUGAAGCCGAGCGUAAAGCAGAAAAAGAACGCAAGAAACUCGAGAAACAGAAACGCGAAGAAGAAAAGCGCAAAAAUGCAGGGUCUUUCGUGGCCAAAGUUGACAACAAAGCCGACGGUGAACCAGAGGGUGGACUCCUUCCUUUGGUUAUGAAAAUUCGACGUGCCAUGUACACAGAAGGCAAAUAUUUUGUCAAUGUGGUGGUGGACAGCGAAGAAAAAGAAAUUCCACUUGACGAAGCCUGGAAGUUGAACCCCCAUGGACUGAUGCAACACCUCAUUUCCAAGUAUCCAUUUGAA